CAGAGCUAGCAUGUCAUCAAUUGGUGCUGUUUAAUUUAAAUUCGUUCUAAAUCUAUGAAAUGGGAACGCAUAUCAACCCAGUUUUUGGCGGAGGUAUUUUAAAAUUUGAAAUCUCUCAACGACCAGACCAAGAACAUUUGUAUCCUCAAAAUCACCGAAAUACUUUCAAAAAUGUCAUUGAAGGAUGGAAAUUUCGAUGUAUUUUGAUUACGUCUGUAGUUAGUAUUGGAUUAGUAGUGGGUGUGUACUAUGGAACUAAAAACCUUAGCAGUGGAAAGGUUGUGCAGACGACAGAUACUACUGAAGGUACUACUAAAGGUACUACUAAAGAUACUACUAAAGACGGUUGCCCUGCGGGAUUAACGACUGAACAGGAAUUAAUUUUGAAUUACGAUGGAAACUGCUAUUUCUUUUCAAACACUGCCUUAAGUUAUAGUCAAGCUAAUAAUAGCUGUGCUCAGAAAGAAGGAUUUCUAGCUGUUAUACGAGACAAUGCAACUCAAAUUGCACUUUCCAAACAUGCAGACCUAGUUUCAGAUAUAGCAGAAACCUCCAAUUAUUGGAUUGGAAUUAAAAGGGAAAACUCAACGUAUACUACAACUUCUCUAGGUGACUCAGCAAAAUUCUUAAAUUUUGAUUCAAAUUCUCUUUCGCCUGUUCAAACUGGUCAAAGAGGAUGUGCAAGGUUAGAUUUAACAGAAGAUUCUAAAUGGAUUGCUGAUGAUUGUGCUAGAGUUUUCUGGGAUAUCGGGCAUAUUUGUCAAUAUACUGGAACAAGUUCUGCAGCAUAUAUCAAAGCUGGACCCGGAUUCAUCAUCUCAAUACUAACUGUUUUCCUGAUUUUACAAUGAUAGAGACAGUCGGUAUCAACAAUAUCACCGAAAAAAAAUUAAUGACGUCAUAAAGACAGAUCAGAAGGAAACUUUUAAUGGCAACUUUCACAUAUCGAUUUAAAUAACUUUAUAUCAUAGACAUUUCAUGGAUUUCAAAUUAUUUAUACGAGCUCUGCCAUUAUAUCUUCCAAUUAGCAUACAUUGUAAAUUGUAUAUAGAUCAAGAGUAGGUUUUUAGUUCAGAGAAUGCUAUUAAACCAAUGGUGCUGUCUUGUGUUUAAUGUUUAAAAUACUGUUUCACUUCAUUGCAUAAAUAAAAAACAAAACUAUUAUCAUUGUAAGUAUUUUUUUAGCGAAUCUCACUUAUUAAAAAAAUUAAACAUUUCAGGCAAAUCAAUAUUUAUUUAUUCAAAUUGUAUGUACAGUAAUAUUGUCAUUGAUAUAUUUUUUAUAUUUUGUAUGAAAACGCCUUUGAAAUAAAAUUAUAAAAAUGUA